UCCCUUCUCUUGUGGCAGUAGCAAGCAGAAGCCAAUGGAGACCAACACACUCACACUCCCAAAACCCAAAAGGCAAGUCUUCAUCCUCUCAGGCCAAAGCAACAUGUCCGGUCGCGGCGGAAUCGUCAGGGGCGCCAACGGCAAAUACUGGGACGGCGUCGUCCCGCCGGAGUGCGCCCCCCACCCUUCCAUCCUCCGCCUCGCUGCCAAUCUCAAAUGGGAACCGGCAAACGAUCCCCUCCACUUCGACAUUGACACAGCCAAAGCCUGCGGCGUGGGCCCCGGUAUGGCCUUCGCCAAUGCGCUGCGGCCGCACGUGGGUGAGGAGGUGGGACUGGUACCCUGCGCCGUGGGCGCAACUGCCUUAAAGGAAUGGGCUCGUGGUGAGAAACUGUACGAGAAUAUGGUGAAGAGAGCUAAGGAAAGCGUGAAAGGGCACGAGAAUUUCGAGAUUAAAGCGUUGUUGUGGUUCCAAGGAGAAACCGACACAGUGAAUGAGGGAGACGCUGCAGUUUACAAGGUUAACAUGGAGACCUUCAUCCACAGUGUUCGACAAGAUCUCAAUUUACCAUCUCUUCCCAUUAUCCAGGUUGCGUUAGCAUCAGGAUAUGAGUACAUAGAGAAAGUGAGAGAAGCACAAAAAGAAAUUGAUCUUCCUAAUGUGAUUUGCGUGGACGCAAAAGGAAUGCAAUUGAACGACGAUAAUAUUCACUUAUCCACCGAGUCUCAAGUUCACUUGGGUCGCAUGCUGGCUGAGGCUUAUCUUGCACAUUUUCAUGUCUCACCUGUUCAAAAUCAAAUUCAACUUUAACCCCUUUUCUACCUUAAGAAAUCAAUGAUGGUUCUUUAUCUUUUGUAUCGGACUGUAUCUCUCUAUGAAUAAUGAUUGAGUGUGCUUGGUUUUUGUAUCUAUGGUAUAUCGGAUUGUAUCUCUCUAUGAGUAACGAUUGAGUGUGCUUGUAUUUCCAAAUAUAUAUAAUAUUAUUAUGAAGUUUUUAGUUAUUCAA